AUGGCCUUUCUUCCCCUUUCCUAUCUGGACGGGUCAAAGGGCAAGGGCGAGGAGAACGAUGCCGGUGACCAUGUGUGGCACAAAUCGCGACAGGGCGAAAGGAAGAGGAUGCGCAGCCUGCGAGCCGGCGGUGUGUGGCGUCGGCGCGUGGAGCGGGCGCGGAGGAAGAGGAAGAAGAGGAAAUGGAUGUGGCGAGGUGGAAGUUUCUACGUUGACGGCGCCGCAGGAUAG